AUGAGCCGCUUCGUUCGACCGUCCAAGUACCGACACGUCUAUCCCAACGUCGCGAAAAAGGAGGCCUGUUACGAAAACGUCAAGGUUUCCAACAAUGCUUGGGAUACCAAUCUCAUCUCUGCCAAUGGCACCUACAUUUCCAUCAACUGGAAUGCUUCCGGAGGAGGCGCUUUCGCCGUUCUCCCCAUCAAUCGUCCUGGCAAGCUUCCGGAUAUCUACCCGCUUUGCCGUGGCCACACCGCCGCUGUGCUGGAUACAGCCUUGAAUCCUUUUCAAGACAACGUUGUCGCUUCCGCUUCCGACGACGGAACGAUCGGGCUCUGGAAGAUCGAGGAUUGCAACUACGAUCAGCUCGAAUGGAGUGAUAAGGAACGAGAGCGGAAUGGAGGUGUAAAAGACUUUGAACCUCUUGCGAGGAUUUCCGGUGGUGGGAGGAAAGUAGGGCAGGUAGUUUGGCAUCCCACGGCUUCGAAUCUCCUUGCCGCCGCCACGGCCGAUCAUGUGGUCAAGUUGUUCGAUGUCAGCCACGCUUCCACCGCUUGCUCUUCUCCCAGUAUAGCUUUGCGUGGCUUUACGGAUACGAUCCAGUCGCUUGAUUGGGAUUGGAGUGGAACUACGCUGAUUGCUACCUCGCGCGAUCGUAAGAUCCGAACUUUCGAUCCACGUCAAGGCGAACGUCCCGUUCAGAUCGCCGAUUCUCAUGGUGGCAUCAAAGGUGCCCGUGUCAUCUGGUGCGGUGAUAAGGAUCGUGCCAUCUCCACCGGCUUUUCCAAGAUGUCUGAUCGUCAGAUGUUUUUGUGGGACACUAAUAAUCUUGCCUCUGGUCCGCUCAAACAGAUCACUCUGGAUGCUUCGAGUGGGAUCAUCAUGCCUUUUUGGUCGGAUAACAACAUUGUCUUCCUCGCUGGAAAGGGCGAUGGCAACAUCCGAUACUACGAGUUGGAGAAGGACGAGCUUCAUUACUUGACCGAGAGUAAAAGCUCCGAGCCUCAGAGGGGACUUACCUUUGUGCCGAGGAGGUUUUUGAAUACCGAAGAAAACGAAAUCGCAAAGGCCUACAAGAUCACUGGCACUACCAUCCAGCCAGUUUCAUUUUGCGUUCCGAGGAAAGCGGAGAGUUUCCAAAGCGAUAUCUUUCCCCCGGCGCCUAGCAAUGUCGCCAGUUUGACGGCUAAGGACUUUUUCCAGGGAAAGAGGGGCAAGAGGAUGAUGGUCAGUCUCGAAACUGGCGAGCGGGUGCAGAGUAGUGACAGUGUUCCCGAGACAACUGUUACCAAGAGUACCGCCGCUGAAGCACAAACUUGUCUUGCAGAUUUUGCCUCGAACCCCACGCCUACCCCGAUUGCUACGACUACAGCUAUGGCUAGUGCGACUUCUAAUGGCACCCCCACCCCCACCAACAACAACAACAACAACAACAACAACAACAACAACAAUGGAGCACAAGUAGAAGAUCUAAAGAAGCAGAUCGAGAAAUUGCGAAGAGCAGUAGAAGAAAGAGAUACGCAAAUCCGACAUCUCGAACAAGAAAACGAAACUCUCAAGGCAAACCAAGAGAAAGUCAGAGAGGCACUGCUGAACUCGCUCUAA